GUGAUGGAUUCCCUUGUAGUAGAAACAUUACAUUAACAUCAAGCAAAAGUCAAAGAUAGACAUUAAAAUAUAAUUAGUCUUGCUUUUUGUGUGUGUAUGUGUGUGUGUGGGCAUCUUGCAACCACUGAGAAUGGAAAAUGGAGCUAAUAAAACUGCUAAUGGAAAAUUUAAAACUGAACUUGCUAUUAAGAUUCUCCUAGUAGUAUCAAAUAGGGAAAUUCAGCAACUUACACAAAGAGAAACCAAGUUUUUCUUGAUUUGAUUGAUUGCUAAUAUUCCAAUUUUGACACUUAGGUAGCUGUUAAUUAUGGAUGCUAUAACUGGAUCAUCACAUCAGCAGCAGCAGCAAAACCAUGUUUUAUUUCAAGGUGACAAUCUGUAUAGCGAACUAUGGAAAGCAUGUGCAGGUCCCAUGAUGGAUCUUCCCCGUCCCGGGGAGAGAGUAUUCUAUUUUCCGAUGAUGCACGUGGAACUGGUAACUUCUUCCUCUUCACUUUGUGUAUCCUCCUGUGAUUAUUGCAGGCUGAACUUCAUUUCCUUCUUUAAUAUCCUCGGCAUGUUUGUUAUAUGUCCUGAGCCGGGGUCUAUCGGAAACCACCUCUCUACUUCAUCAUCUGAGGCAGUGUUGAAGGAAUCAGCUGAUCAGAUUGUACCAUCGUUCCACCUCCCUUCACGUAUCCUCUGCAGGGUCAUUAACAUUCAGCUCAAGGUGGAACCUGAGACUGAUGAGGUUUACACACAAAUCACUUCGCUCCCAGAAGAAAAUUUAGGUCACGACUACUUGCAGCAAAACGACCAAACAAUUCCUGAUGCUUUGAGUCCCGAGCCUCCUACUUUGCAGUUUCACUCAUUCUGCAAGAAUUUGACUGCCUCUGAUAUCAAUAGUAACUGGGGACUCACUGUGCGACGAGAUGAUGCCAUCAAAUGUUUUCCUCCCCUGGAUAUCACCAAAGAGAAACCAAUCCAGGAGUUAAUAGCUACAGACCUUCAUGGUUUCGAAUGGCAAUUUACUCAUGUAUUUCAAGGCCAACCUCGAAGACAUUUGCUUACGAAAGGUUGGGGUAAAUUUGUUGCUAGUAAGAGAUUAGUUGUUGGGGAUUCCGUUAUCUUCUUAAGGGGAGAAAAUGGUGGACUGCGUGUUGGGAUUAGACGCUGUGCUCAUCCAAGUCACAACAUUGGUUCAUCACCAGUUUCGAGUCAAACCGUUGAAGGAGUACUUUCUGUGGUUUCCCAUGCUUUUGCAGCUGGAACACUCUUUUCUGUCUAUUGUCAGCCACGGAUGAGUGGAUGCUUUUUAAGCUUGAACAAAUAUCUAGAGCAGAACAAACAGAACAUAUCAAAUGAAAAUUCAGCUCCGGUUACUUCCAACGGCCUUUACACAAACCAGGUCUCAGUUAAUGAUCUUGAUUGUGAUGUAUUCAGCGAUAUCUUCUUAGCUCCAGACUCUCACUUUAUGAAGAGUACACUACAGUCGAAUGAGAACGAUGCAGGAGUCGCUUGUACUGUCCAAAGUUUUGAGGAAUGGCCAGAAAUCGAGAUAGAAAGUCUCCUUACCUAUUCACCGCAGCUUAUACCAGAGCUUUCUAUGACGACUUCAACUUUAAUGCAACCAACUGAUGCCUUACAAAUGACGUGUACAUAUUCUACAACGAGCCAGCUUUCCACUGAGGGAUCUGGUUGUGGUGGUGAGGUGAUCUCUUGGGCAGGAUACCAAGUGGCCCAACAAUAUGUUCCUAUACUCAAUAGAGUCAUUCAGCGUUACCCAAGUACUAUCUCCGGCUUUAAGGCAAUAACUGGUGAUCUGCAGUCGGCGUACUUGGAGAUGUUGGCCAAGUUGGUAAACUUGCUUGAGCAAUCCACAAUAGGAAACAUGGACAGCAGGGACCAGUCCCAGGUCGUUGAGCAAUAUCUUGCAGAUUUGAAGUUUAUCGGCAUUGAUAUAAGCUGGAUCGAAACCCGUUUAGGACAAGUUGGUGAAGUCUUGAAAAAGGAAAAGUUAAUCCAAUACCAACACGCGCUCGCGCAGAGAAUUGAGGAAACACAAUGCAUACUUGGGAAACUACAUGUGGAGCUUGAUUCGGUGAAGAAGGAGGUCGACGAGUUGACUCCCAAAGUUGGUCCCAACCCUCCUUCAAAAGAUUGUUCUAUUCUUGAGGGCCUACUCUAGGUAUUUAACUGUUCUUUUUCUUUUAUAGUUUCGAAGGGGAGCCUUGGAGUAACUGGUAAAGUUGCUGUCUGUGACCAGGAGGUCAUGGGUUCAAGCCUUGGAAAUAGCCUCUGACAGAAAUGCAAGGUAAGGCUGCGUACGGUACACCCUUGUGGUGGGGCCCUUCCGCGACGCUGCGCAUAGCGAGAGCUUUAGUGAACCGGGCUGCCCUUUUUUUUUCUUUUAUAGUUUCAGAUACUGUUUAAUUACAAAUUCUGGAUUUAAGAUAUGGCUAACAUUAAUAUGAGGACUUGUAUGAAUACACUA